GGCGGCCAUGUUGUAUCCGCGGGGGACUGGAGGCUGUUCGGAACCGAGUCUGUCUUCAGUCAGGAGUGUACGGUGGGGCUCUCGGGCUUGAACUCGUCUGGGCUUUACACCAUUUGAGAUCUACUCUCCUCGCCAUGAGCCGUCCGUCCUCUGCGGGUGGUGCGGCCGGAGGACUCGGAGCUGGUAAAGCAGGAGGAAGUAAGCAUGGAGGUUCUGGAGGAACAACCGCCUCUGCUGCAGCCGCCGCCGCAGCUGCUGCUGCCGCUGCCGCCGCGGCCGCAGCAGCAGCAGUCGCCGCGGGGGUAUCCGGCUCUGUCGCGGGCUCUUGUAUGGUACCCGCGGCCGCUGUAUCCCUUCCAGCCGCUGCCCUACCGGGACAGUCAGCCGAACUGACAGCGCUGUUUGAGUGCCCGGUGUGUUUCGACUAUGUGCUGCCUCCGAUCUUGCAGUGCCAGGCUGGGCAUCUGGUGUGUAACCAAUGUCGGCAAAAGCUCAGCUGUUGUCCAACUUGUCGCGGCCCUCUCACGCCGAGCAUAAGGAACUUGGCAAUGGAAAAAGUUGCAUCUACUCUGCCGUUUCCGUGUAAGACAAAAUGA